GCACUGGUGCCGGAUGCGGAGGAGCGGCGGAGGCUGUUUGAGAGCGUGGCGUACGAGUGCCAGAUGUCCGCCCAGCCCGAGGAGGCGGUGGAGCUGUACCUGGCCGCCGACCGCCCGGUGGCCGCACUGGCGCUCAUCAACGGACAGAUGUCGGCAGCCAUUGCGGCGGCAGUGGAUGAGGCGGGGGCGGGAGCAGCAGGGGCAGCAGGGACGGGUGCCGCCACGGAGCGAUUGGAGCGGCUCGCUCGCAGCGGCCGGGCAGCUGCGGAGCGGCUCACCGGCCUCCGAGGGGGGGGAGGUGCAGCUGCCGGCGUGGCUGCUGCACCUAGUCCGAUGGGUUUCGGAGCCGCCGCAGCAGGUGGUGGUGCUGGUGGUUUCUCCUCUGCUGCAGCCCUGGCGUCUGACCCUGCCGCGAGGCGGGAGCUGGAGGCGUUCCAGCAGCUGGGGGUGGUGCGGGAGCUGCUGCUGGCGGCCCGGAGGGGCCGGCACGACCAGGCCCUCCAGCGGCUGUCCGAGCUGCCCUUCGUCCCCACGGAGCGCUCCCGAGUGGACCUGUGUGUGCGCAUGAGCGCGCAGCUGCACCCGGCACUGGCGGAGAGGCUGCAGGACAUUAUCGCGGCCGCAGCGGACAGCAUCGCAGCUCGGCGCCAGGCGGUGGGUCGCGAUGCGGCUGUGGGCCUCGCUACGGAGCUGGCGGUCAUCACGCAGUACGCGAACAGCCUGCCGGGGGCGAGGUUGCCGCAGGCGGUGUACCGGAAACUUGCGGAGGCGCAAGUCUUUGUUGCGUAAGGAGCAGCAUCUUUCAGCACUAGGCGGCCGUGUCUUCUUCCCAGGGCGCCGCUGGGCAGCGUCUGGGCAGCCUCUGUCCGGUUGGGUGUCUGGGCAGCCUCUGUCAGCGUUGUCUGCUGCUGCGGUGGUGGUGACAGCGGCGGCGGCGGGGGGGGUCUUGAUAGAGCACGGAGGGCAGGCAUCCCUGGCCGGUUGGCGACGUGCGCUUUACGUGUUAUGUUGGACAGCCCUUCUGCCCAUGCAAGGAAGACGAAGGGAGACAGAAGACGAGGACUGGGCGCUGCCGAGGAGGGGAAACAGCAUGUGGGGCAGGUCUUGGGUAGCUGGCUGUUAGGUCGGCAGCGGUAGUCGGUACCAUGUGAUUGCCACUUGCUGCCUCGCAUACCAUACCUCGCAUCUUGCACCCCUGGAGGAAGAAGAAGAAGACAGCACCGGGAUUUCCCCCCACCAGCUGCAGCACGGCUUGCAGACCUGUCUGGGAGCCAUGUACAACACGACAGCAGCGCCCCCUGUGUCCUCCCCGUUGAGAGCGGAGAGAGGCGAGGAUUACGCUCGUGGUGUCGUGGGAAGGUGUUCAGUUGGCCGUUCGGCAGUACGGCUUGCUAUUGUAAACUUUGGUGAACAGGUGCAUCUCGUACGAAAUGAAGUGCGAGUCUUGCCUGCGCUGCCAUUUGCGGUUAGGAAUCAUUCCGAGGGCAGCAUCGCCCGAGCUUUGGGGGGGGGCAGCUUCUUGGGGUGUGGUGGCAUGGGUGCGAGAAAGGGCGGAUUGGGUGGGGCAAAGGGCGCAUGUGGGCCUCUAUGGGCACAGCUGUUCCUUGCCUUUAGGGGUCGGUCGAGGGUCAGGUUAGGGGCAUGGAUACCCUCUUAGCAUGGCGGGCUCCUAGGAUCCUAAGAGGGCCGCGGUCAUGCACUCGGUUCUAGGUGGAUGGUGGGUGAGAUGUUGUCAGCGAUCACAACCACGUUGGGAGAUGUGUUCACCUGUGCUGUAAGGCCAGGUGCUAAGGUGUUGACGAAGCAAAUCGUGUGUAGACUGGAGGGGUGUUCUGGAGGAGAAGUAGGGAGGUGUAUGGCUCAUAUCCCGGUAGUCAGACAACUAGGAAGGGCGGCGAGUGGGAUGUCAACCAGGACACAGCUAGACAGUACAACGGGCUUUAUAGGCUGCCCUUAGUACGUUGAUCUGACAAUGCCCUUGGUAUAAGCGUUAUGGAAUCAGGGCUAAGAAGUUGGCUGUCACGGGGCUGGUAAAAUGGCCCUAUAUCUUCGUUUUCUGAUAUGCGGGGUUGGUG